AUGUCUGUACCUGGAAUCCUCAUGCGCCUCGUGCAACCCCGCGAUGGCACCAAUCCUCCAGCGGAUUCUAGCAGCAGCCCGAUCGCACCUUGUCCCAAUGUAGAGGCGAUUCAGGUCAUGGAAGCCAACGACGAGGCGAAACCCUCGAGGAAUACAAUCUAUUUUCUCAGCGACAUAACACCUCUCUUGUCUAGCCCAUCGAAAUACAACGAAGACGUCAGUGCCCACGGAUCUACUCUCGAGUCCGUCGCCUGGGUCAUCUGCUCCUUCAUCAAUGGGCGGGACGCGGCGAAUCCGGGAGCGGACAAUGUUGCGCAUCUGUUACCCAAGGCCCCUGUGGCUGGAUCCGUCCUUGUAGCCAACGGAUCAACACCCAGGCCGGACAAAGUGCAGCAUUACCACGACUGGUACGACCAAGAGCAUGGCGAGAAGCUUACCCAUGUUCCGGGGUGGAACUCGGCAAGACGAUACAAGCUCGAGAAGGUAUAUGGGGAGGCAGAGACGGCCAAUUUCUACGGUUUAAACUACUACGAUGAGGUGAAUGGUUUAGGCGGCCCGGAAUGGAAGGCUGGAGUCACAGAGUGGACUAUGAGGAUUCGUAGCAAUGCGGCGAAGCCGAACGUGCGUCGCGUGUGGAGGUCCGUCGCCAAUAAGGCACCCCAACAUUAG